AUGUCGGCGGAACGGCAGGGGCGCAAGGAGGGCCUGCUGAUCGCCGACCACGCAAGCGCAAGCACACGCUCGUCAAAUCUUUCGUCAUCAUGGAGAGCCGGAUCAGCUGGUGGAUACGCAUCGGCGGCGCAUAGCCUUGCAAGGAACCCAGGAACCUCCUCCAUGCCCACUCCGUGGCAGCUGCCGCUCGAACACGACCUCGACACCAUCGAGCGACAGUCGAAGGACCGCCGCCACUUUGAGCUGCCCAAAUCGCUCGUCAACUCCAAGUGUCUCAAAUACCAUGGUUCUGGCAAAGCUACCUGUAGCACCUGCAAGGAUGAACCGGCCGACGAGUCCCGGUAG